CGUCACUCUCAUUUGAACUUCCAUCCCGCUUCAUCAAAAUCCACAACAAGACAGAGCGACAACCACCGCCAAGAUGGGUAUCAAGCAGCUCUUCCAAAUCAUCAAGGAUGAAUGUCCCGAUGCUUACAAGGAGGGAGAAAUCAAGAAUCAGUUCGGCAGAAAGGUAGCCAUUGAUGCCUCUAUGAGCAUCUACAGCUUCCUCAUUGCCGUCCGAUCCGGUGGAGAAAUGCUCACAAACGAAGACGGCGAAACAACCUCCCAUCUGAUGGGCAUGUUCUAUCGCACCCUCCGCAUCGUCGACAAUGGCAUCAAGCCCGUCUACGUCUUCGACGGCGCCCCCCCAAAACUGAAAUCCGGCGAACUUGCCAAGCGAUUCCAACGCAAGGCCACAGCUACAGAAGGAUUGGAGGAGGCGAAGGAGACUGGUACUGCUGAGGACGUUGAGAAAUUCUCGCGACGAACAGUCAGGGUUACGAGGGAGCAUAAUGCAGAGUGUCAACGAUUGUUGAAGCUUAUGGGCGUCCCGUUUAUCAUUGCUCCGACGGAAGCUGAGGCGCAAUGUGCGGUUUUGGCUAAAGCUGGAAAGGUUUAUGCAGCGGCCAGUGAGGAUAUGGAUACCUUGUGCUUCGACUCUCCCGUAUUGCUUCGCCAUCUUACAUUCAGCGAGCAACGCAAGGAGCCCAUCCAAGAAAUCUUCACCGAGAAGGUCCUGUCCGGCCUGAACAUGGACCGCAAGCAGUUCGUCGACCUCUGCAUCCUCUUAGGCUGUGACUACCUCGACCCUGUCCCUAAAGUCGGCCCCCACACCGCCCUAAAGCUAAUCCGCGAAUACGGCACUCUCGAGAAGUUCGUCGAAGCCGUCGAAGCAGGAAAAACUAAGUUCCAAAUCCCAGAAGAUUGGCCUUACGUCGACGCUCGCGAACUCUUCUUCAACCCCGACGUCCGUCCCGCCGAUCAUGCAGACUGUGAUUUCAAAUGGGAAGCUCCCGACGUUGAUGGACUUGUCCAGUUUCUUGUCACGGAGAAGGGAUUCAGCGAGGACAGGGUUCGAAGCGGUGCUGCUAGAUUGCAGAAGAACUUGAAAUCCUCUCAACAGGCCAGAUUGGAGGGAUUCUUCAAGCCUGUUCCCAAGACGGAAGAGGAGAUCAAGAAUCUGAAGCGCAAGAAUGAGGAGAAGAACGAGCAGAAGAAGAAGAAGGCUAAGGAGGAGAAAAAAGAGAAGCAGAAGGCUAAGGCCAAGCCGAGAGGCACUGCUUGAUUGUCUGAGGAUGAAGUGUAUUUUAUUGCAUUUGGGGACGGAGCAUAUGGCUGGCAUGGAGUUCAUGGGCGUCUGAGAUGGAAACGGUGCUAGGAAGACGAAAUACUUGCUUAAUGCGUUGCUUUACUUAUGAGAACAAGAAUCAAAACGAUUUCCUCAAUGUCUUGAUCUACUCAUGAAUUCAAGAUCAAGAAACCA